ACUAACCUAGAAACCUAAUAAAUAGUAAUAAACCUAGUUGCGUUAUAAAUUAAAAAAGUGUUAAAUGUUUUACGUUCUAAUUUUCUAAGUGAAUUUAUAAUAUUCAGAGCUAACAACACAAAAUUGUCUUAAAUAUACUAUCUAAUAAAUUCUUGAACACUUAAGAUCAAAAAUGGCCCAGAAAGUUGAACCAAAACCCAACUUGCCUUGGGUUGAAAAGUACAGGCCUAAUACCUUAGACGACCUUGUCUCUCACGAGGACAUUAUAAAAACAGUUAGUAAGUUUAUAAAAGAAGAUCAAGUUCCACACUUGUUGUUUUACGGUCCCCCUGGCACAGGCAAAACCAGUACGAUCUUGGCGUGUGCACGACAACUCUACACUCCUGCACAAUUUUCAUCAAUGGUUUUGGAAUUGAACGCUUCAGAUGACAGGGGUAUCGGUAUCGUUAGAGGCCAAAUAUUAACUUUUGCUAGUACGAGAACCAUCUUCAAAUCUGGAUUUAAGUUGAUCAUCCUGGAUGAAGCAGACGCUAUGACCAUGGAUGCUCAAAAUGCUCUCCGAAGAAUUAUAGAGAAGUAUACAGAAAACAUUCGAUUCUGUAUAAUAUGCAAUUAUCUAAGCAAGAUAAUUCCCGCACUUCAGUCACGUUGCACUAGGUUCCGCUUUGGCCCCCUGACCACAGAACAAAUCUUACCCAGGUUGAACUAUGUCGUCGACGAAGAAAAGGUGAAGAUCAGUGAGGACGGGAAGAAGGCUUUGUUGACGUUGGCAAACGGAGACAUGCGUAAAGUUCUCAACGUCUUACAAAGCACCUGGUUAGCUUACAAGGACGUGACGGAGGAUAACGUGUACAACUGCGUAGGCCACCCCUUGAGGUCCGACAUAGAAAAUAUCGUGAAGUGGUUGCUGAACGAGAACAUCGCUACGACCUAUAAAAAUACAAAAGAAUUGAAAAUACUGAAAGGUCUGGCCCUAACCGAUAUUAUUACGGAAGUCCAUAAGUUCGUAAUGCGAAUCGAACUGCCUUUUGAAAUAAUGGCGGGUCUGUUACACAAAAUGGCGGAAAUAGAGCAUAGAUUGUCCUUUGGGGCCAGCGAAAACAUUCAACUGACGGCGCUGAUCUCCGCUUUUCAUUACGCCAAACAGGUAGACCCCCCGGAGAGCUCCUAAUUGUAUGUAUUGUUUUAUUUAAAUUUUUUUACACGUUUCCAAUAAAAAAAAGAUUGAUUAUA